AUGUUGAGUAACUAUCUCCUCAUGGCUAUGCUCGCCACUAGCAUCUCGGCACUUCCUUUGAACAUCAACCUUGGAGCUUACUCGCCUGCCUUGGUAGUCGGUGAUGGUGAAAUAUCAUUCGGAGGAAAAGCAGAUGUAUCAAACCUUAUGAGCGCACUUGAAGGAGCAGCCGUCAGCGGUGCCGCCACAAACGGUGCCACCACCGCCGCAAACACACAAGCACAAGCAGCCCCCGCCCCCGCAGCUGCCGCACCAGCUACCGCCGCCGUCCAAGAAGCAGCCACCGAAAGUAAGACUGAAGCCCAAGUAACAGCACUUCAAGGAAUGGGCAAGGAAAUCGCACCCCGCAUCGUCAAGCUCGAACGAUCUGAUAUCGAAAAAGCCGCGAAACGUGAUAUUCAAACCUUGAAUGCCGCCCUGAGCUACGCUGCCGGUGCCAUCAAAACCAGCCCCGAAGUCCAACUCGGAACUGAAGAAUCGGGUAUUGGUAUUCUCGUCAAGGCUGGAAGCACCGCUAAUGCUGCUGCUGGAACUGCUGCCAAAGUUGCGAUGGGCAAACGUGAAAAUGGUGUUGCCGAUUCCAAGUUGAAGACUACUGUUACUACUAUGUUCAUUCGUGGUGGACCAGCUGUCGAACAAACAAGCUCCAUUUCUACAGCUCGCAACGUCGAAGAUUCGAACCACUCAGCGGUCUCCAAGCGCGAACCAAGUCAAGCAAUUGAUGGUGUUAACCUCAAUAUGGUCGAGGGACAAGUUGCCGAACUCACGUUUGUAGAGACACGCAGUGCAGAUGAUGAGGAAUAG